AGUGUGACCCGGUGUUGUCCCCUUCUCCCUCUCCCUCUCCCUUACGUAACGUAAUUAAGGUUAUGAUAGCGAUGCAUCAGUGACUCCAACCCGACUCCUUCUUCACCGCCUUUUCCCUUUCAGCUUUUGGGGGCCAUGACUGAUAGCCCCACCCUACCAUCCUCUUGCGCUUUUCAAUUUUUAAUUAAUAGUAAGUAGUAAUACAUCGCUCCCUCUUUCUACUUUCUUCUAUUCAUCUAUCAAUCCCAUCUCAAAUUCCCUCAACACCCAAUCCAAUUUCUUCUUCUUCCUCUUCCUCUUCCUCUUCUUCUCCUUCUCCUUCUCUUCUCUUCAGUUCUUCUUCUUCCACUAGAAUAUUUAAAAGAAAAAAAAAAGCCAAGAGGAAAUGGGAUUAUGUAGCCAUCUGAACGAUAUCUCUUCAGAUUCGAUCCCUAUACUUGUGUUGGCAAUUGUGGCAAACUGCGUAGGCUAUCUGCGAUCCUUGCUUCUUGGGUUCCUCCAAUCGGUGGGUUUCUCGAGAUUGAAUACGGUGGAUGAAGUCGCCGGCGAUGGACAUUUCGGUCCUGUGGGCUCCGGCUUGGCUGGGCUAAUUGUAUUGGCCGAGCAGCUCAACGUAAACAGGGUCUUCUCUUACUCUGAGCAUGGGGAGGAAGAAACCGCCGGCGCCGGUGUUGGUGGCUGUGGAAAUGGUGGAUUUGAUUUUGUGGAUUGCGUGGUGUGCUUGUGUAGGUUCACGAAUGGGGAGCAGGUGACGAGGUUGGGUUGCCGUCAUCUGUUCCAUAAGGCGUGUUUGGAUGGUUGGUUCGAUCAAUUCAACUGGAACUGCCCUCUCUGUCGCUUCCCUUUUGUCUCCGAAGAUCCUGUGGCCGCCACAGACUGUCGCCGGUGAUAUCAUCAGUUAGUUUACCGUAGGUGCGAUAGUGUAUUCUAUUUUUUUUUUCCCAGAGAGAGAGAGGGUGAGAUUGACGGCGGUAUGGUUGCUGGGAUUUUUCACUUUUUCUUCUUCUCUGUUUCCAUCGGUUUCUCUUUUGCCCUUUUUCAAGGACCCACUUAAAUUCUUGUUUUUCAUUUAAGUAAAAUAAAUAAGACAAGGUUUCACUUGUUUUUUUUUU